CAGCGGCUCCCACGACCCAGCCCCAGGAACCUGGCUGAGAAUGUUGAGAGAGUUGCAGAGUCCCGAACUCCACUUUGACGCGGGUCGGGCGGCGCACGUGGGAACGCAGCGAUGGUCUCUCCUUGGGCUUGCGUGCACAAGCUGGCCUCGGCGCUGCCCUUGCUCUUGACGCUGUGGGACCUCCACUUUGAGGGAGCCGAAUGUGGGAUAAAUGCAGAGGUAGAGAAACAACUUGAAAUGGGAAAGAAACUCUUAGCAGCUGGACAGCUAGCAGAUGCAUUGUCUCACUUCCAUGCUGCCAUAGAAGGGGACUCUGAUAACUACCUUGCGUAUUACAGAAGAGCCACAGUCUAUUUAGCCAUGGGCAAAUCUAAAGCUGCCAUUCGUGACUUAAGCAAGGUGGUUGAAUUAAAGCAGGAUUUCACAUCGGCAAGGCUGCAGCGGGGGCACCUCCUGCUGAAGCAAGGAAAGUUUGAUGAAGCAGAAGAGGAUUUUAAAAGAGUGCUCCAAUCUAGUUCAAGUGACAAAGAACAAGCAGAAGCCCGCUCCCAGUUAAUGAAAUCCAAUGAAAUGAAGCACCUACAUUCCCAAGCGCAAUCUGCAUAUCUCCAGGGAGAUUACUAUUCGGCUAUUGGUUUAUUGGAUGAAAUUCUAAAUGUUUGUGUUUGGGAUGCAGAGCUGCGGGAACUUCGAGCUGAUUGCUAUAUCAAAGAAGGGGAACCAGGGAAAGCCGUUGGUGACUUAAAAGCCGCCGCCAAAUUGAAGAGUGACAAUACUGAAGCAUUCUAUAAAAUCAGCACUAUAUACUAUCAGCUUGGGGACCACGAACUGUCUCUAAGUGAAGUGCGUGAAUGUUUGAAACUUGACCAAGAUCACAAGGAAUGUUUUUCUCACUACAAACGAAUAAAGAAGCUCAAUAAGCAGAUUGUUUCAGCAGAAGAUUUUAUCCGAGAGGAAAGGUACCAAGAUGCCAUAGAUAAAUACGAAACAGUGAUGAAAACAGAGACACAGGUUCCUAUUUACACCACACGAGCCAAAGAGAGAAUAUGCUACUGCCUUUCAAAGAAUCAACAGUCAACAGAAGCCAUCAGACUUUGCACAGAAGUUCUGACGUUGGAACCGGAUAACGUGAAUGCUUUGAAAAGCAGAGCUGAAGCGUACUUGCUUGAAGAGCAGUAUGAGGAAGCUAUUCGGGACUAUGAAACUGCUAAAGAGCAUAGUGACAAUGACCAACAACUUCAGGAUGACCUAGAGAAAGCACAGCGGAUGCUCAAGCAGUCUCAGAAGAGGGAUUAUUACAAAAUUUUGGGUGUUAAAAGGAAUGCCAAAAAACAGGAAAUUGUAAAGGCUUAUAGGAAGCUAGCAAUGCAGUGGCACCCUGAUAAUUUCCAGGAUGAAGAAGAGAAGAAGAAAGCAGAAAAGAAGUUCAUUGAUAUUGCAGCUGCCAAAGAGGUUCUUACAGAUCCAGACAUGCGAAGGAAGUUUGAUGCGGGAGAAGAUCCACUUGAUGCAGAAAGCCAGCAAGGUGGAGGAAACCCUUUUCAUAGAGGCUGGAAUUCCUGGCAAGGGUUUGACCCAUUCAGCUCUGGAGGACCUUUUAAAUUUAAAUUCCAUUUUAAUUAGAAACUCAGCCUUCUCCCUUUUCCCAGUUUUGGCUUCUAGGAGCUUGUCUUUAUUUUUAUUUGUAGGGAACUUUCAAUACUGAUUGGGUCUUUGGAUAAAAACUUCAAUGAAAGCCAGCUUUUCAGUGAUAGCCUAAAGAGAAAACAAGUCCAUAAUGGAGAGUUAUUGAUCAACAGCUCUGUUAGUACCAGUUUCUUUUACACUUCUGGAUAUCAGAGCCUUUCUCUAUGAACAGGUGGAAGACUUGGUUGGGUGGCACUCCUUGAGAUCCUUCUUGUGAAGUGGACUGAAACCUUCAGCCAGCGACAAACCCCUUUUGAGAGAAGCAGUUUUGUUGAAGAAAGCACUUUAAGAUAUACUAAACCUUUAAUGAUCUCAUUUGGGACUUUUAUGUUUCUCACCCAGGUGACAAAAGACCAGUGUGUGAUUUAGUCACUCUCCACAAGAAAAAUGCUAAAGCCUUAAUUUCUAUGGAUAUGUGGCUGACCCUGGAAACACUGGAGAAUUGUCUGUGGCAUGGUUGUGUGUUGUUCUCAGAUCUUCUCUUUAAAUGUAGCUCAGGUCACAAUGUAUGCCUAUCCUUUGAAAAAAAGAAACAGAUUCUGGGAGUUAAUAGAAGAAGCAUCUAUAAUGCAUCUUCAGAGUAAAUGCAGUAGGUUUUCCUAUGCUGCUUUGCAACAUGGAAAAAGAAGCAUCUUUACUUAUUUAAUAGAGGGCUAUAAUCUUGGUUUGCAAUCUACACUUCUAACUUUAAGAACAGUUCAAAACUCUCCUAUUUCCUUCAGAAAGGAAUUGAUGUAGAACAAUACUCUUAACAUUGUUAAAUAGAACCAAUUUGAGCUUUUUCACUCAACAUAUGCUUGACAUUUGAGCAGAAUGAUUGAGAUCUUGCACAAAUUAUACAGAAUUUUAUUCUGACUUUGGGUUUUUUUUAAAAAAAGAAAAGGGAUGGAUAUGUGUGUUAUAAUAUAACUUUUAAAAUGACAGUGUUUUGAUUUUUAUUAGAUGAGAAUGCCAAACAAUAUUUUGUAAUCUGAUGGAAACCGUUGGCAAAAUUGAUAAUUUGUGGUGUACCAUUGACUAAUAUCCAUGCCAAAUGCUUCCAAAUCACCUGUUUAUGAAGAAACCAGUGUUUUCCUCUAUUAAAUUGUCUAUUGACAUAAGAAACUCCAA